AUGGGGUGCUGGGUGGUACAGAGGCAUGACGAGGAGGCACUGAUUGACCAGGGGAGAAGGAGCAACGGUGCCAAGAUUCACUAUGAGAAGGAGGAGUUGGAAGGCCACCGGACCCUGUACGCCGGCGUGCAGAUGCCGCUGGUGGGGCAAUGCCACCGGCAUCACCGACCCCACAAGCAGAAGCAUCGGGAACAGGAGGAGGACUGUGCCCCGACGGAGCGGGGCUACCACUGCACCCCGUCCCAGCGGGUGCAGUUCAUCCUCAGGACCAAGGAGGACGAGCAGCAUGUCCCUCACGCCUUGUUCACCGAGCUGGAUGAGAUCUGCGUGAAAGAGGGCGAAGAUGCCGAGUGGAAGGAAACGGCAAGGUGGCUGAAGUUUGAGGAGGAUGUGGAAGACGGCGGCGAGCGCUGGAGCAAGCCCUAUGUGGCCACGCUGUCCUUGCACAGCCUCUUUGAGCUGAGGAGCUGCAUCAUCAAUGGCACGGUGCUGCUGGACAUUAGUGCCAACAGCAUCGAAGAGAUCGCAGAUCUGAUCCUGGGCCAGCAAGAACAGCUCACGGAGUUUGACGAGCGCACGCGGGCAAAAAUUGGAGAAGUUCUUUUGAAGAAGCACCACCAUCAGAACGAGAAGAAAAGAAACAACCUUCUCCGCUCGUUUGCUGAUGUGAGCAAGAAGGGGUCGGACCUGCACCUCCUCGACAAGCCAGCUCAAACACUUACCCCUCAUCCUUCUCCCACCACUGUGGAAGCUAAAAAUGGGGUGAACCAUGAGACCAGCACAACGGAUUUAAGCAAGGGAGCUGCAGGGUGCUGUGGGCUUUGCUUUUGGGGUAAUUGCCUGAAAAUGGCUUGUUGUGCCCAGGCGGAGCUGCACUUCAUGAAGAAAAUUCCCAGCGGGGCUGAAGCGUCCAACGUGCUCGUAGGAGAGCUGGAUUUCCUUCGCCAGCCCAUCGUGGCAUUUGUCCGCCUGACCCCGGCUGUCCUCCUCUCAGGCAUGACGGAAGUUCCCAUCCCAACAAGGUUCCUGUUUGUUUUGCUUGGACCAGAAGGAAAAGCCCAUCAGUACCAUGAGAUCGGCAGGUCCAUGGCUACUAUCAUGACGGAUGAGGUUUUCCAUGACGUCGCCUAUAAAGCCAAGAACCGGGCUGACCUCGUGGCCGGCAUCGAUGAGUUUCUGGAUCAGGUCACGGUCUUGCCGCCUGGAGAGUGGGAUCCAUCGAUCCGAAUCGAGCCCCCGAAAAACGUCCCUUCGCAGGAAAAAAGGAAGAUGCCAGGAGCUCUCGAUGACAGUGCUUCUGACAGUGAGCCGGAGAAGCACAGCGGUCCUGAACUGGAGCGGACGGGAAGGCUCUUUGGAGGUUUGAUCCUGGAUGUGAAGCGAAAAGCCCCGUGGUUCUGGAGCGACUUUCGGGAUGGUCUGAGGCUGCAGUGUCUGGCGUCCUUCCUCUUCCUCUACUGUGCCUGCAUGUCCCCUGUCAUCACCUUCGGGGGACUGCUGGGGGAGGCGACCGAUGGCCACAUAAGUGCCAUGGAGUCGCUGCUGGGCGCCUCCAUGACCGGCGUGGUGUUUUCCCUCUUUGCUGGCCAACCUCUCACCAUCCUCGGCAGCACCGGACCCGUGCUCGUCUUUGAGAAGAUCCUCUACAAAUUCUGCAAGGAGUACACGCUCUCCUAUCUCUCUCUGCGGGCAUGCAUCGGGCUGUGGACCGCCUUCUUCUGCAUCGUGCUGGUGGCCACCGACGCCAGCUCUUUGGUGUGCUACAUCACCCGCUUCACCGAAGAAGCCUUCGCCUCCCUCAUCUGCCUCAUCUUCAUCUACGAGGCUCUAGAGAAGCUGAGUCACCUGCGGGAGACCUACCCUGUGCACAUGCACAGCCAGCUCGACUUCCUCACCAUCGACUACUGUAAGUGUGAGGCACCGACGCAUCCCAGCAAUGAAACCCUGCGUUUCUGGGAGAGCAACAAGAUCAACGUGUCUGGCAUCGCCUGGGAAAACCUCACGGUGACCGAAUGUCGGUAUUUGCAUGGAGAGUUUCAAGGACCUGCCUGUGGACCCAAUGGCCCCUACACGCCUGACGUCCUCUUCUGGUGCUGCAUCCUCUUCUUCUCCACCUUUGUGCUGUCGAGCUUACUGAAGAAGUUUAAGACCAGCCGAUACUUCCCAACCAGAGUACGGUCCACAGUAAGCGACUUUGCUGUUUUCCUCACCAUCGUCGUCAUGGUGCUCAUGGACUUCAUGAUUGGGAUCCCAUCACCGAAGCUCCACGUCCCCCAUAUGUUCAAGCCUACCAGAGACGACCGCGGGUGGUUCAUCAGCCCCGUAGGACCCAACCCUUGGUGGACGGUGUUGGCUGCGCUCAUCCCAGCUCUGCUCUGCACCAUCUUGAUCUUCAUGGACCAGCAGAUCACUGCUGUUAUUGUGAACAGGAAGGAGCACAGGCUGAAGAAAGGAUGUGGGUACCACCUGGACCUUUUCAUGGUGGCCGUGAUGCUCGGGGUGUGCUCCGUGAUGGGGCUGCCCUGGUUUGUGGCUGCCACCGUCCUGUCCAUCACCCACGUGAAUAGCCUCAAAGUCGAGUCUGAGUGCGCAGCUCCAGGAGAACAACCCAAGUUUCUGGGGAUACGAGAGCAGAGAGUCACUGGCUCCAUGAUCUUUGUGCUCAUGGGCUGCUCUGUCUUCUUCACUUCUGUGUUAAAGUUUAUACCAAUGCCUGUGCUUUACGGCGUCUUUCUCUACAUGGGCGUGUCGUCGCUCGGAGAAAUUCAGUUCUUCGAUCGCUUGAAGCUGUUUUGGAUGCCGGCGAAACACCAGCCGGAUUUCAUCUACCUGCGGCACGUCCCCUUGCGAAAGGUGCACUUCUUCACCGUGAUCCAGCUGAUCUGCCUCGUCCUGCUCUGGGCCAUCAAGGUGUCCCGUGCCGCCAUCGUCUUUCCCAUGAUGGUUUUGGCUCUUGUAUUUGUCCGGAAAGCCAUGGAUUUCUGCUUCUCAAAGCGAGAGCUCAGCUUCCUGGAUGACCUUAUGCCAGAGAGCAAGAAGAAGAAGUUGGACGGUGCCAAAAACGAAGCCAAUGAAGAAGAGGUAACGCUUGCUGGGCGCUCGGGGCUGGACAUCUCCCUCGGGCUGUGA